AUGCCUCAAAUCAAGCCUCUUCAAGCCGGGAUUAUGACAAAUGAUCAAAAGAAAAAGCUGUGUGAGAAGCACACACAGUGUCCAAAGAUGAAGCAAUCAGAUCUAGCUAAAUGGGCAAAACAUACUUUCAAUCUCCUCAAGAUACCUGGUCAAACUACAAUCUCGGACAUCCUCAAGAAAAAGGAGAAUUAUUUAGGAAUGAGCUCAGCAGAACUCUCAUUGCGAGCAUAA